AUGUCUAGCGGAAAAACUUUCACAUUGAGCAACGGCGUCAAGAUCCCCGGCGUUGGCUUCGGUACCUUCGCCAGUGAGGGAUCCAAGGGCGAGACCUACAGAGCCGUCACCACUGCUCUGAACACUGGCUACCGUCACCUGGAUUGUGCCUGGUUUUACCUCAAUGAGGGUGAGGUUGGCGAGGGUAUCCGUGACUUCCUGAAGGCCAACCCCUCCGUCAAGCGUGAGGAUAUCUUCGUCUGCACCAAGGUGUGGAACCACCUCCACCGCCCCGAGGAUGUUGAGUGGUCGAUCAACAACUCCCUCGAGCGUCUUGGUCUGGACUACGUUGAUCUCUUCCUGAUUCACUGGCCCAUUGCCGCUGAGAAGGAGACCCAGGAGACCCCCAAGAUUGGCCCUGACGGAAAGUACGUCAUCCUAAAGGAUCUCACCGAGAACCCCGAGCCCACAUGGCGCGCUAUGGAGAAGAUUUAUGAGCAGGGCAAGGCCAAGGCCAUUGGUGUCUCCAACUGGACCAUCCCCGACCUCGAGAAGAUGGCCAAGUUCGCCAAGGUGCCACCUCACGUCAACCAGGUCGAGAUUCACCCCUUCCUGCCCAACGAGGAGCUCGUCCAGUACUGCUUCAACAAGAACAUUCUGCCCGUUGCCUACUCGCCUCUGGGCUCGCAGAACCAGGUCCCCACCACCGGUGAGCGGGUCAGCGAGAAUAAGACUCUGAACGAGGUUGCCCAGAAGGGCGGCAACACCCUCGCCCAGGUCCUCAUUGCCUGGGGUCUGCGCCGCGGCUACGUUGUCCUCCCCAAGAGCUCCAACCCCGCGCGCAUUGAGUCCAACUUCAAGAGCAUUGAGCUCAGCGAUACCGACUUCGCCGCUAUCAACGCUGUCGCCAAGGGCCGUCACUUCCGUUUCGUCAACAUGAAGGACACCUUCGGCUACGAUGUCUGGCCCGAGGAGACUGCCAAGAACCUGUCUGCUUGA